CGCUGCGUCGUGGUCAUCUAUUACCGUAUUGUACGAUAAAGAGCAAAUCGAGAAACAAGAUAGAGCGGGGAAGAGAAUGGCAAUGGCGGCAGAGAACACCUUCCUGUCUUCCUUCUCGAAACUCUCCUCCACUACUCCUCGCUCCUGCAGCUCAAUCAGCAAGAGGAUCUUUUCAGAUGUUGCAGGAGAUAUCACGAUUUAUGUUGAUGGGCAAUCGUUCUUGUUACACAAGUUCCCUUUGGUUUCACGGAGUGGCAAAAUUUGCAAAAUGGUGGUUGAUUCGAAGGAUUCAGAUCUCUCCAGAUUGGAGUUUUUCAAUGUUCCGGGCGGUUUUUUUGCUUUUGAACUUGCAGCUAAAUUCUGUUACGGAAUGAAUUUUGAGAUACUGACUAGCAACGUUGCUGAUCUGAGAUGCAUAGCUGAAUAUCUAGAAAUGACAGAAGACUAUAGAGAGCAAAACCUUAUUGCCCAAACAGAAACCUACAUGAAUGAGAUAGUGUUGCAAAGCAUUGAGAAGUCCAUUGAGGUUCUUUGUGCUUGCUCUGGCCUGCUUCCCAUUGCAGAAGAGGUUGGUAUAAUAAAUAGAUGCAUAGAUGCAAUUGCUGCUAUUGCAAGCAAGGAACAAUUGGUUUGUGGUUUAUCCCGGUUAGAGUUCAAUGGAAGAUCUGAAAAGCAGAACAUGGACUGCCAGGAAUGGUGGGUGGAAGAUCUAUGGGCGUUAAACAUCAAUCAUUUUCAACGAGUAAUUUCUGCUAUGAGGAGGAUGGGAGUUAGAGCGGAUAGCAUAACAGCCUCAAUUAUCCAUUAUGCUCAUGCCUCUCUGAAAGGUACUGAGAAACGUAAGGCAUGCGAUUCCAACUUGUCAUUUGGAGAUGAACAGAGAAUCAUCGUGGAAGCACUAGUGUGUCUCUUAUCAACCGAAAAGAUCAAAUCUGUUCCAUUAACGUUUCUGUUUGGGAUGCUUAGGAUGGCAAUCGAUGUGAAUGCAUCAAUCAGCUGUAAGCUUGACCUGGAGAGGCUAAUCAGUUUCCGGUUGGAAGUGGCGUCACUCGAUGAUCUGCUAAUUCCCUCGGUACAGAAAAAUGAUUCGGUUUUUGAUAUUGACACCGUACACCGCAUAUUGGCAAAUUUCAUGCAGAGGAUUGAAGAAGAAGAUUCUGAUGAAUCAUCACAGUGUGGAUAUGAAUCUGAAGGUCUAAACUCUCCCAGUCAUAGUUCUGUUCUGAAAGUAGGGAGGCUUAUUGAUGGUUAUCUUGCUGAAAUCGCACCUGAUCCAUAUCUGAAGCUACAUAAAUUCAUGUCACUUAUUGAACUGUUGCCAGAUUAUGCCAGAGUGAUUGAGGAUGGGCUCUACAGGGCUAUAGACAUUUACUUGAAGGCUCAUCCUUCCCUGUCUGAAUCGGAAUGUCUGAAGCUAUGUAAGCUCAUCGACUGUCAAAAACUCUCCCAAGAAGCCUCAAACCAUGCAGCUCAGAAUGAUCGCCUUCCCGUUCAGAUGACCGUUCGUGUCCUCUACUUCGAGCAGCUUCGUCUCAAGUCCGCUGUCUCAGGCUCCUCCGUUGAUGCCGACGGCUCGUUUUCACAGAGGAUUAUUGGUAGCAGCGGAGUCCCGAGCGCCGCCGCCUCUCCUAGAGAUAACUAUGCGUCGCUACGAAGAGAAAACCGGGAACUCAAGCUUGAGAUCUUGAGAAUGAGAGUUAGGCUGAGUGAGUUGGAGAAGGAGCAUGCAGUGAUGAAGGGUGGGAUGAGAGAAAACAAAUCUGGAGAACAUGGAAAAGCUUUCUUUUCUUCUCUGUCUAAAGGUAUUGGAAAGAUAGGAUUUUUUAGUCCGGGUAAUGGAAAACAGCAUAAACAUGCAAGGAAAACACAGGCUACAGAUGGAAAAACUCACAGGAGACGGCAACGGAGAUCAUCUAUUGCUUGAAGAUUACGAACUUUUGUUUAUUUUAGGCAAAGUCUUAUAUAGACUUACGAAUGAGAUGAUGAUCUUAUGAGGGAAAAUAUAUUACAUUAAGAGUCAUGAUGCAAAAGUGCAUUAGGACUUCAAUCACAAUGCGCCACGUAUACUGUCUGACCCCACACUGCAUUAAACUAUUUAGUUUUUAGUAUUCAGUGUGGUUGGACUGUACACGUGGUGCAUUAUGAUUGGAGCCCUGAUGUAGUUUUGUAUUAGGUCUUUUGAUGUAAUAUUUUUUCCUUAUGAGGAGGUGAGAGUCGGCUUUGAUGAAUCCACAAUAUUGCUAUUAGUUUUGUUUUAAGAGAAAGUUGUCCUAAUGAUCCCCUGAAACCUUGCAAGGGAUCAUAUUAGUCACAAAGUUUAUAGAAGUGUUAAUUUAAUUCUCGGGUUUUUUUUAAUAUGGCUUAAAAUAGUCCUCUUCAAAACACUCUAGGGAAUAAUUUGACACUUUUAUAAACUCUGUGAUUAAAAUAGCCGCAUCAAAAUAGUUAGGUGCUAAUUUGAGAUUUUCCUCUUUUGUUUUGUUUGGGGGUGGAGACUAGUUCAAUAGGUGAAGGCCUUAUAUGCCUUUUUUUAUGUAAGAGAAAU